UUUUUUAUUAUUUCAAAAAAAAAAAAACAAGGAAGAAAGAAAUCGAUUGCGACUGAACGUAACAGAAAAAAAAAACAAACAAAUCUUAACCCUUCUGUUUUCGUUCUGCCUCGUCUCUCUGCAAAAUCACUCAUCAGUCUUCACUCAUCGAGAACAGAUAUUUCAUUUCUUACAGCUAAAUCCCGGCCCCCGGCGGGCCUCUUCUUAACAUUUCGUCUUAAACCAGCAUCCGGCGCGUCGCGCAGCUCCGGACCCGAAUGUCACGCCUCUGCAAUGAACUUUUUCCGGCGAAAAUGGCGCUUUUCAUCUUUCUCCUUGUCUCACUGGAAUUUUUCUUUUCGGAAUCCGUCAACUCCUUGCCUACUGAUGCAAUGUCGCUUCUCAGCUUCAAGAGCUCUGUUUCUCUCGAUCCGUUGAACCUCCUUUCCGACUGGAAUCCUGCGACAAACCACUGCGAUUGGUACGGAGUUCAGUGCAGUCCAUUUUCUAGCAGAGUCAUUGCUCUGAAUCUUACGGGGAGUUUGACUACCCCUUCGAGGGAGUUGUACAAUUCAACCUCAAGAGACAAUAGGCUCGCGGGAACCCUGGCUCCGUCAAUCGGAAACCUGACGCAACUUCGGGUGCUGUCCAUUCCUUAUAAUGCAUUCCAUGGCGAGAUUCCGGCCGUGAUAGGAAGACUUGCGUUUCUUGAAAUCCUCGAGCUUCAGGGAAAUAACUUCUCCGGACGGAUUCCUAACCAGAUAAGAAAACUUUCGUCACUAAAAUUGCUUAACUUGUCUUGCAAUUUGUUUUCCGGACCGAUUCCGAACAAACUGAUCGGUUUCAACGGAAUCAGAGCUAUUGAUUUAUCGUAUAAUCAGCUCUCUGGAGGAAUUAAAGUCGACCCUUCUAAUAGAUGCGAGAGUCUUACUCAUUUGAAGCUUUCCGGUAAUUUUUUGGUGGGCAAGAUCCCGCCAGAGAUCGGAAACUGCUCCAGUCUCAAAUCUCUUUUGCUUGAUGGGAACAUUCUUGAAGGUCGGAUUCCACCCCAGAUUGGCAGGAUAUCGGAACUUCAGAUUCUAGAUGUUUCUAGAAAUAGUCUCACUGGUACCAUCCCGAACGAGCUAGCAUCCUGCCGGAAACUGUCUAUUCUUGUGCUUACGAAUCUGGUUGAUUUUGUGUCUGCUGAUGAUGACUUGGUUGAUGUUACUAGAGGAGAAUUCAAUGCUUUUGUCGGCGAAAUUCCUUCGGAGGUGUGGUUGAUUCCAAACCUUGAGGUUUUCUGGGCGCCUAGAGCGAACCUUCACGGUCAAUUGCCGAAUUGUUGGAGCUACUCAUGUAGACUGCGAGUUCUCAAUCUGGCCCAGAAUUAUAUGACCGGUAUGAUACCAGAAACAAUGGGCAUGUGUAAGAAUCUGUAUUUUUUGGAUUUGAGUUCAAAUGGCUUGCAGGGUUACCUCCACCUGCAGGUACCAUGUAUGGUAUAUUUUAAUGUCAGUCGGAAUUCAUUAUAUGGAUCUCUACCCAAAUUUAUGAGAAGUAAAUGUCAUGGUUUCUCCCAGAUGAAACAGAAAAAUACUGAGAGCAGUUCAGUGAUCCAUCAUUGGUGGUCUCAGAUAAAUAAUCUCUUUGGGUGGAUGUUGGGCGAGAAUUCUGUGGUUUUCCAUGAUUUUAGUUGGAACAGGUUCUUUGGUUCACUACCAUCGUUUUCACUCGGAGACGAGUUACUAACAAGCAGCCCAAAAUCCUCAUAUGGAUUAUUACUGAACAAUAAUCAGUUCAACGGAUCCCUUCCUGAUGAGCUUUUUUCAGCCUGUAAAGAUGUACAGGAUUUUACUGUGAACUUGAGCGUCAACCAGAUAUCAGGUGUGAUUUCUCAGGGAUUGCUUUUUGGUUGCUUGGAGCUAAUAUCAUUUGAAGCAGCCUAUAAUCAGAUUGACGGGACAAUUCCUCCUAGCAUUAACAAAGUACAGAUGCUUCAACAUCUUGACUUGAGGGGAAACAGGUUAACUGGAUCUAUCCCUGACCAAUUAGGAAAUUUGAAGGAUCUGAAAUGGAUUCUUCUGGGUGGGAACAAUUUAACAGGAGAAAUCCCUGUUCAGCUUGGUCAGUUGGCUUCUCUUAUGGUUUUGGAUCUAUCCAGAAAUGCUCUUACUGGAUCUAUCCCUGUAAGUUUGGUAAAUGCAACUAGCCUUGAAGUCAUGCUGCUGGAUCACAACAGACUUUCAGGGGAGAUCCCUUCAGCUUUCUCAGAUCUUUCUAGUCUUACUAGACUAGAUGUUUCUUUCAACAACCUUUCUGGUCAUAUACCCCACCUUCGACACUUCAGUGACUGUGCUUGCUUCAAGGAAAAUAACUUCCUACAGCCAUGCCAGGAUCCUUACCCAGUAUACCCACAAAGACAAAGGCUUCCAAUUCCAGCUCCAGUGAAUAAACAGGGUGGUCCAAAGAACAAACUGAAAGUGUUGGUAAUUGUAACAGUGGCUUCUGCAUCCACCGUGGUCUCUAUUCUCUUAGUAUUGGUUGUAUUCCUGGUUUUAGGAAGGAAAAAGCUUGGCAGGCUCUCCACUUUAAGAAGGAAAGUGCUCGUGACAUUUACAGAUACUCCAACUGCAUUGAAUUAUGAUAAUGUGGUCAGAGCAACAGGGAAUUUUAGCGUCCGGUACCUGAUUGGUACAGGAGGCUUUGGAGCAACAUACAGGGCAGAGAUGGUCCCAGGUUUCCUAGUAGCAGUUAAGAGGCUUUCAAUUGGCAGGCUCCAAGGUCUUCAACAGUUCGAUGCGGAGAUAAGAACAUUAGGAAGGAUUCGACACAAAAAUCUUGUAACUCUUAUUGGAUAUUACAUGGGAGAAGCAGAAAUGUUCCUAAUUUACAAUUAUCUCUCAGGUGGAAAUCUUGAAGCCUUCAUACAUGACAGAUCAGAAAAGAAUGUACAGUGGCCAGUGAUCCACAAGAUAGCUCUUCACAUAGCGGAGGCAUUGGCUUACCUUCAUUAUUCGUGUGCUCCUCGGAUAGUUCACUGGGAUAUCAAGCCUAGCAACAUUUUGCUUGAUGAGAAUCUUAAUGCAUACCUAUCAGACUUUGGACUGGCAAAGCUUCUAGCGGUCUCAGAAACCCAUGCAACUACAGAUGUUGCCGGCACAUUUGGUUAUGUGGCCCCUGAGUAUGCAACCACAUGCAGGGUGUCUGACAAGUCAGAUGUUUAUAGCUUUGGUGUUGUUCUCUUAGAAUUGAUGUCAGGGAAGAGAUCUCUUGAUCCAUCAUUUUCAGAGUACGGGAAUGGAUUUAAUAUAGUUGCCUGGAGCAAGUUGCUGAUUAUGGAGGGGCGUGCUUCUGAGCUUUUCUCACUAGAGCUGUGGGAAGCAGGGCCAAAGGAGAAUCUAUUAGGCAUAUUAAGCCUGGCAUCAAAUUGCACAGUGGAGGCACUUUCUGUGAGACCAUCAAUGAAGCAUGUUGUAGAGAAACUGAAGCAGUUACAGACCAACUGACAGCUGAUCUUACUCUCAGUUCUGAAUUGCCAGGACAGUGAUAAAUCAUGGUUCUGAUGUCCUUAAGGCAUCAACCAGAUGGGCUCAGGUUGCUUGAUAAUGACAGUGUUCUCUCUGCAUUACUGAGGAACAAUCAGCAAUGCAUGGGCACUGCAGGGCAUAAAAUCUUAUCUGGGUUACUGGUAUUGGCACCAAAAAUUUGUUGAGUACCAUGCAGGUGCUCCGAGUUUGACCUUGUAAAGCUACAGAAAUUUGAUCCUUGGCGAAGUUGUCCUUCAUGAAAAUUUAUCAAUUACCUUGCCAAUCUAUGAAAUCAUUGCAAGUCUGAUUAGGUGUCAUUGUGCAAUUUGAAGAUUUUUAAUGAGAACAAAAGGAAAAAAUCUAUCCCAAUUUGAGAUGGUGGAGGAUUGGCUGGACCGCUGGAUAUGAGAAAUUGAUAAUGGAUCAUGGAUUCUGCUCAUUGUAUUCAUGAUGGUAGAUUGAUCAUUAGCAUCACAAAUAAAUCAGCACUCUUUUGCUGAAAGUCUCCAGAGGAGUGGUCAUUAUCUUACUUUAAGUGGUGGGUACCUAGAUAUGCUAAUGAACUGGCUGAUGCUCUGUCUAGAGCUGGGGUUGUAGCCUUGUAGGGGAAAUUUUAGAAUGGGAUUGCCAAGGAUCAGGCUGUAAUAUGUAAAAGGUUAUGUGUUUCUACUGUUGUUUUUUUUCAUAUUAUGUUGUAAAGUCCAUUUUUGGGAGUCUUGAUUUGUACGUAUUGACCUGUUGCCUGCUUCUGUGAGCAGCAGGGUGUGAGCUUUAUUAUUAUUUGCAAGUUUUAUUG